UGAUUUUGCCUUCUCUGAGUCGCGCUUUCAUCUAUCAGUGCUGCGUGGUAUCCUUGAGAUGACAGACGUCAUUUCCAUACUUUCCGUCUCACGCCUUCUGUAUAUACAGCACCUUCCACCGUGAAGCGUACCACCUUCUCGUAGUAUAAAUCCACCGGUCCUCUUCAGCAUUGUCCACCCUUUUCUUUUUCGACAAACUCUAUUCCCGUCAGCUAUAAACAGCGACUACCUCGCAGAUUUACUUCUACAGCCCCAGCAACUCAACCAUGAAGCUCUACACCUUGGUUCUCGCAGGUCUCACGGCACUCACAGCGGCGCAGGACCAGUACUACGAUGUACAGUCCUCGGGUUUCCGGCUCAUCCUCAAGUCUGCCAAUGAAACGCUCAAUGGCACCGCCCUCGGAGCCUGCCAUCAAGGCGCCGCGAUCGAAGGUCUCUGCCGCACAGAUGUGACUCUAGACGACCCCGCCACCUCAUACACAACCUUCUACCACAACGUCUCGUCGGCCCAAAACUACAGCUCCAACGCCUUCGACACCGACGGCAUACUCAGCUGGGUCCUGAGCGCCAACAACGGCGCCCUCCUCGUCCCUUCAGCCAUGAGUCUGUCCGAGAAUGUAGGCACGAACAUUGCGAUCCCGAUCUUCAUGCCUGGAUGGGACAAGUACGACCUCGUUGCCUUUGAGGAGACCGGCAGCAUGUACAUCAGCGUCUACCAGAACGACACUGUGUCGCCUCCAACGUACUACAGCCCGACGCUCAAGCUCAAGAACUGGUACGUCUGUGUGACAAGCUACUCGUACACGUACGAGACGCUCGUCUUCAAGAUUGGUGUCCAAGGCGUGCCGCAGAAUCCGUCGUGUACCAAGGUGGACGUCGAGCGUGUUUGGGUCUGAGGUACGGCAAAGUGAAAGGAUGGCCCGUGGAAUAAUGGACGUGCGGAGGUGGGCUUAAUGGGAGCGGAGGAAAAGUUUUAGCAUUGUUAGUCCUGUUAGCGAGCGUUGAGGUUCUGAUUCAAAAAAGCAACUCCAUUAUUCCUCAUAAACUUCUCACCUUUUGCUUCUGAUUGUUUGGUUCAUUGGGCACGGUUAUUCGCGCCAUCUAAAACCUACAACGUUUUCGGUACCGACGUGAUGGCUCUCGGCUGAUGGAGGAGAC